GGCAAAUCUGACACUAUCAGUAUCACUCAGUCUCUCAGUAUUGCUCCAUAAUGAAACCUGAAGAGCUACUCGAGGAGACUUCCCCAAAUAGCCUCUACACAUCAUAUUACUAUGUGUCUUCUGAUUAUGACCGUGAAAUUCCAGAGAUCUGUGACGGGAGCCCCAUACGAGAAUUCAGCAAAGUCUUCCAACCGUGUGUUCAAUGUCUGGUUUUUCUGAUUGGCAUAUCUGGCAACAUGUUGGUUCUUUUGACAUAUGGAUUUGUGAAGAGUAUAAAAUCCAUGACCGAUAUCUACUUGAUCAACCUGGCCUUGGCCGACCUCCUUCUGCUCUUGACGCUUCCCUUUUGGUCUAUCAGUGCCGUGAUAGGUUGGGUGUUUGGAGAUGAAAUUUGCAAGAUGGUACAGGGCGUGCACGCUAUCAAUUUCUUCAGUGGCAUCUUGUUCCUGGCCUGUAUAAGCAUCGACAGAUACUUUGAAAUUGUCCAAGCAGUUAAGGCCCAUACUUUACGUCAAAGAACCCUCUAUUACAGCAAGGUGAUCACCCCAAUUCUUUGGUUGGUAUCGGUUAUAUUCAGUCUUCCGGAGUUUAUUUACAGUGAAUCCAAACAGCUUGAUGAAUUCUACUCAUGUAUCAUGGUAUUUCCAGAAAACAUCACCAGCACAGUAAAGAGCCUAAGCAACUUCUCCCAGAUAAUCCUUGGGUUUAUUGUGCCUUUCUUGGUCAUGGUGGUUUGCUACUCCAUUAUUAUCAGAUCUGUUCUAUCCAGCAGGGGCUUUCGGAAGUACAAAGCCCUCAAAGUUAUCAUCUCUGUUGUGGUGGCCUUCCUGGUAUUUCAGCUCCCAUACACACUGGUAACCUUCAUGGAGAUCACAGACUUUCUAGGAAGCCGUCAGAUGUCCUGCGAUGUAGGAAAUCGGAAAAAUAUUGCCAUCAUAAUCACCAGCAACCUGGCCUUUACAAGAUGUUGUCUCAAUCCUAUCAUCUACGUAUUUGUUGGGGUGAAUUUCAGGAAGGACAUUUUUCUCUUGCUUAAAAAUUUUGGAUGCAUCACUAGAGCCACUUUCGCUUCAUACUAUGGGUCAUACAGAAAUUCCGGCACUUCAGUGAUGACGAUGGAAACCAAUAGCUUUACGUUGUAAAUUCAAUACACCUGCAAAGACCUCAAUCAGAUGAAGGGAACGAUCAAAAAUUCAAUGUGCACAGAUGGCUUUUACCAUCUAUAACCCAUCAGCGCUUUCUGUCUGUUAGUCACCCCAACAGAAUUGGUGGACAGAACAAUACAAGAAUCGGACCCUUACACAUUGAAAACCCUAUAAUAA